CCUUAUUGGUUCUAAGAACACAAAAAGAAAAACAGAUCGGAGUAACCAUUCGUUGAAGACCAUGGAGGCGGAGAAGAAGGAAUCGGAGGAGGUUGCCGUAGAACGGCGGCGGCCGCUGCCGAAACGCUUCAUAAAGAACCAAAUCCCGGAGUCCAUCACGGCCAACGCCGCCCUGAACGACGCCAUCGCCCUCCUGCCGCCGAACUACAACUUCGAGGUGCACAAGUGCGUGUGGCGCGUUCUCUCCACCGGAACCAAGCGCGUGGCCCUCCAGUUCCCGGAGGGCCUCCUCAUGUACUCCCUCGUCCUCUCCGAUAUCCUCACCGCCUUCGCCGGCGCCGACGCAUGCUUCCUCCUCGGCGACGUCACCUACGGCGCCUGCUGCGUCGAUGACCUCUCGGCGGCCGCCCUCUCCGCAGACCUUCUUAUACAUUUCGGCCACAGCUGCCUCGUUCCCGUGGACACCACCGCCAUUCCUUGCCUCUACAUUUUCGUCGAUAUCAAGAUCGACGUUCGCCGCCUCGUUGAUACGGUUAAGCUAAAUCUGAACUCUCUCUCCACCAAAGAGAUCGUUCUCGCCGGUACCAUCCAGUUCGCGGCCGCAAUUCGGGCUGCAAAGCCUGAGCUUGAGAAACUAGGGUUUAGGGUUUUGGUGCCGCAAUCGAAACCCUUAUCGGCUGGGGAAGUUCUCGGUUGCACCGCGCCAACGAUUCCGAGAUCCGGGUUUACGGAUGAGGAAGUUGUAGUUGUCUUUGUGGCGGAUGGGAGGUUCCAUUUAGAGGCGUUCAUGAUUGCGAACCCCAGAAUUAGGGCUUUUAGGUAUGAUCCGUAUGUGGGGCGUUUGUUUCUGGAGGAGUAUGAUCAUAGGGGUAUGAAGGAAUCAAGGCGGAACGCGAUUGAGAAGGCCAGGGAGGCAAAUAAUUGGGGAAUUGUGCUAGGGACUUUGGGGAGGCAAGGGAAUCCAAGGAUUCUUGAUAGGUUGGAGAAGAAGAUGAGGCAGAAGGGUUUGUCUUGGACUGUUGUGUUGAUGUCAGAGUUAUCUCCUGCGAGGAUUUCACUGUUUGGGGACUCUGUGGAUGCCUGGAUUCAGAUUGCUUGUCCAAGGUUGUCUAUUGAUUGGGGUGACGCCUUUGCAAAGCCCCUUUUGACUCCGUUUGAGGCAGAGAUUGCUCUUGGCGAUUUACCUGGUUGGUGGGAGAGAAAGCAAGCAAGGAAAGAUUUCAAUACUAACUGUAAAGAUGGUUUGGAUUGUGCAAGGAAUGAAUCAUGUUGUGGAUGUAGCAAUGCAGAUUUGAAACAUGAUGAAGAGGUUGAUAUGGACUAUCCAAUGGACUAUUAUGCUCAGGAUGGCGGGGAAUGGAAUUCUAGUUACUCGAAGAAACAGUCUCGUCCUGUGCGGAGAAAUCAUGUAACUUCCAUUAGUAGCAGUGCCAGUGGCUAAAGGAGAACAGAAUUGUCUGCACUCUGCUGAAGAUUGAGCCUCUACUGGUGAGAUUUUUUGGCUAGGUAACUUGUUGAGCCUCUACUUAUGAGGUUUUUGGUCUCUACUGACGGUUUUAUCAUCAUUUAUGUUCUAGUGAUUGUAGUGUAGGGCAUACAUAGAAGCUGCUUGUGCAUUUUUUACUUUUCUCCCCCCCCUCUUAUGUUCUAGUGAUUGUAGUAUAGGACAUACAUAGAAGCUGCUUGUGCAUUUUUUACUUUUCUUCACCCCCCCCCCCCCCCCCCCCCCCGGGCCGCGGCAGGGCGUAUUUUUUAUUUGUACUUGACUACACAAUGGCCAUUUAGUUAGUAUUAAACAUCAAGGCAUCCUUCUUUUGGGAA